AUGCGAAAACUGGUCAAAGGUCUGGUCCGCAAUCGCUCCAAGUCCAAUCGCGACCCUUGUCGAUCGGACCAGACAGAGGGGUCGGGCCAACACCUACAAGCCCAAGCCCGAGCCGAAGGCAGUCCUUUGCCGGCCAAGAGCAUCGACUCCAAUGCCCCUGCGCCUCCCCUCACACAUGGAGCAGAGUCCGACACUCCGACUUCUUCACCUCAAUCGUCGUCGCUCCCCGCAGCCCACGAAGUGCCGAUUCACGAGCUCUGGGGCUGGGCAUACGAGAAACUACGAAAGGACGACAAACGUCUUGUCGAUCAGUAUGAAUCAAAGCUCUGCGAGGGCUUGGACGUCUACCCCGGUGCGAACAAAAAGGACCUGAUGGAGGAAGCGCUUAGGCGCAAGAUGGAACAAGUCGAUAAAGGCUUAUGGAAGUUCGAUAUCAGAGGCUCCGAAAUCCAGAUCAAACACCUGGUUCAUUCAAUGUCUAAAGCGGUGAACUGGGCCAACGCCCACAUCGGAGGCGUCUUAGACGCAAAUUGGUUCGCAUCCAUAGCGUGGGCGGGUGUCAGUGUGAUACUGCUGCCGAUUCUUCAAAACCCACCGGAGCAGGCUGCCUGCCUGGCAGAAGGCAUAGAAUACGUAUCGUCUCUCAUCGGCCGGAGUCGGAUGUUGGAGGACCUGUAUACAAGCAACCACCGGUACGAGCCGCCUAACGACCAGCAAUUUCUCUCACCCUCUUCUUCCGAAUAUAAAGAUUCUCUAGGGGAGCUUUAUCGGCAGAUCCUAAAGUUUUUAGCAUCGAGUUACCGCUACCUUGCCAAAGAUUCAGCCUCUCGAAUCUACCUUGAUGUGAUUAAUUGCAACGAUUGGGACGCGAUGGUAGCGAACGUUCGUCGCAAGGAAAAGGCUUUCGAAGACGCGAAAAAGAUAUGGGGCAAUAUGGUGUUUCAAAAGGCACAACAGAAACGCCACCAAGAAACCCUAGAUUGGCUGGACAAACCCGUCAGCGACGCCAAGCGCAGAGAGAUCCUAGACUGGCUGAGCAAUAUCGACCCUUCUGAGUUAAACAACACUAAGUACAGGGAGCUCACUGGCUUACACGACAUUGGGCCUGUGAGGUCAAUUCCCGACACUAGCAGAUGGUUGGUAAAGGACAACGAUGACUUCAGAUGGUGGAAGGCAGAUCCAAGGUCUUUUUUGUGGCUUCAUGGGAACGCCGGCUCAGGGAAAUCCGUUCUAAGCUCGUCCGUCAUCACACACCUGUUGAGGCUAAACGAUUCCGCCCCCUCGACAGCGCUCGCAUACUUCUACUUUAGCUUCAGCGAUUUGAAAACUCAGAACUUAGCCGCAAUGCUGGCAUCACUUGUUAAACAGCUCUACGCGCAUCGGCGUGACACACCGCAGCUAAUCAGCAAGUUUUACGAGUAUAAAGAGAAGGGCCAACGCCCGGGUUUAGAAUCGCUCGAGGAGGCAUUGAUGGCUACUUCCAACGGCUUCUCGGCCGUCUAUAUCGUUCUUGACGGGCUGGAUGAAUGCCCGAGGUUUAACAAUGAGCGGAAGGUGCUCCUUGGCGUCUUGAGUCGCAUCGUCAGAACCCAGCCCGACAAUAUGCACAUCUUCUGCACCAGUCGCAAGGAGGAGGAUAUCAACGCAGCCAUGACCAAGCUCUCUCUGCCGCCGAGUGCCGCUAUUGACUUGACAGCUCAUCGAGCGGCCAUCGACUCUAACAUUAGCGCAUAUAUCGAUGCGGCGCUCGAGUCUGACGAGUAUCAGUGGGAUAGCGAGCUCAAGACAUAUGCAAGAAAGAAGCUGAUGGAAAAGGCAGAAGGGAUGUUCCAGUAUGUCUCUUGCCAGCUCAAAGCCCUUCAGGAAUGCGUCAGUAGCCAUCAAGAAGUGCGCCAAGCUCUCGAGAAUCUCCCAGACGGACUCGACAAGACUUACGACAGAAUGCUUCAAAACAUCGAGCCCAAACUUAAGACGCAGGUCUUGGGCGUCCUGAAGUGGCUUGCCUGCUCGAUGACGCCCCUAACAAUCGAGGAAGUCGCCGAAAUCUUCAUCUUACGUCUUGACAAGGACGCCAUACUGGAUGCAAACGAGCGACUUUGCAGACCAGAAAACGUCCUCAAGUACCUGUCAUCCGGCCUGGUCGUUACGGUGGCCGCCCGGUUCGGGAAUGUUCAGGUCCGUUUGUCUCACUACUCUGUUCAAGAGUACUUGACUUGUAGCCGAAUCUCUGAAGGGCCGGCUGCAAACUUUUCCUUCACGGACGUGGAUGCAAACAUACACGUUGCACGGUCGUCUCUUGCCUACAUCCUGCAACGCGAUAUAUCAGAGAGUUACAGUAACGAUUUCCCGCUGGUUCGUUAUGCGGCCGAAUUCUGGUCAGCUCAUCUGGAAAAUGUUUCGCGCGAGUUCUGGCCGAAAGAGGUCGUGAGAGCGGCACUACGCGCGGCAGCCGUGCGCAGUCAAAGCCUGCUUGGUGACGAGUUAUUGACCAGACCUUACCGCAUCAUGGCCCUGCAGGGCUUCACCAAGACGACGGAAAUGCUGCUAGCAAAUGUCGAGUAUUUGACGCAAGAGGACUUGGAUUUGACCCUCCAGGAUGCGGCGCGCCACGGCAGCAAAGCUUUAACAAAGCUCAUGCUUCGAAUGGGCGCGAACGUUGACGCCGAAAGCCGUUGCUACGGAAAUGCACUGCUAGCUGCAUUACAUAAAGGGCAUGAGGAUGUGCUAUCUCUACUACUGGAUCAUGGUGCCAACGUGAACGGCGUGGCAGUACAGCACGGCAGGAGACGCUUUUAUCAGGUAGGAGACGACAGAAGGAAAAGAUCGGCUCUGGAGAUUGCAGCGGAGAGGCAUCCCGACCUUGUGCGACUUCUCCUCGACCGCGGUGCCGAAAUAACGGAUGGUGUCCUGCCGGCGGCCGUUCAGUCCCUCGAGUGUCUGAGAUUGUUCCUUGACCGUGGUGUCGAUAUAAACAAAGACAGCGGAGAUGAGCGCGGCACGGCACUGCACGCGGCAGCUGGUACUGGACAAGUCGAAGUUGUGCGUCUGCUGCUCGACGAGGGCGCCGAUGUGAACGCACAAGGAGGGAAGUACGGCAACGCUCUGCAAGCCGCUUGCUGGGAAGGCAGUGGCCCGAUUGUGGAGCUUCUCCUUGCCAGAGGAGCCGACGUCAACGCCGUGGGCGGCCACCUGGGAUCGGCAUUGCAGGCGGCCUGCUUUCUGGGCCAUGGAGCAGCACCUCACCCGAUAGAGAAGAGCAAAAGAAGAGGCAUCAUCGAGCAGCUAUUGGUCAAAGGCGCCGACGUGAAUGCACAAGGCGGCCAGUACGGCAAUGCGCUGCAGGCUGCAUGCGCCGCAUACCAGGCCGAAACCGAAGUCGUGGAGCUCCUGCUGGACAGAGGCGCCGAUGUGAACGCACAAGGCGGCUACUACGGCAAUGCCCUGCAGGCUGCGUGUGCCAUAUUUCUAUCAGGGGCCGAAAUGGACAGACACACCAUGGUAGAGCUCCUGCUAAGCAAAGGCGCCGAUGUGAAUGCACAAGGCGGCCACUACGGCAAUGCCCUGCAGGCUGCGUGCGCCAGAUUUCUAAAAACGGACGAACAAGACUCAGACACAUUGGUGGAGCUCCUGCUGGCGAGGGGCGCCGAUGUGAAUGCACGGGGCGGCCUCUAUGGCUCGGCUUUGCAGGCUGCCUGCUUUAAAACUAGAAGCAAAACCAAAGUGGCGCAAAUGCUGCUCGAGCGUGGCAGCGAAGUCAAUGCCGAGGGUGGAGUGCAUGGAACAGCACUUCAAGCAGCAAUAUGCUGUGAUCUCUUCCCUUACUCGGUCCCUCUACUGCUUAAGCACGGCGCCGACGUGCACAUCCGGGGCGGAGCCUACGGCAGUGCGUGGCAUGCCGCCGUUGAGCAUUACAACCCAGAGUUGAUGCUGCAGCUGCUGCAUCGGGGCGUCGACGUCAACGAUGCAGGGGGGAAAUACGGAACCGCCCUGCAUUGGGCACUCGCAACGGACACUUUUCGGGCUAAACAAAGUAGCCUGAAUAGAAUAACGUUCCUGCUCGACUGCGGCGCCGACGUCAACCUCGCGGCUGGGGACUACGGUUUCCCACUUCAAUUCAUGUGUUCGUUUUUGGGGGACAGAUAUCUGCAUGGCACGCGUCUGAGGGUUACCAAAGCCGAACUUGUCCUCUCUAGCUGCCCUAACAUCGACAUCGACGCCCGAGGUGGACCAUUCGGCACAGCCCUGCAGGCCGCGGCCAACAGAGGAUCCGCUGAUCUGGUGCGCCUGCUGCUGGAAAACGGCGCUCGAGUGGACAUCAGUGGGGGCCAGUACGGCAGUGCCCUGAACGGUGCCGUCUUCGGGGGCUGCUGGCCCAACGUCGAGGUGCUUCUCGAGGCUGGAGCGGUGCCGGACUGCCAUGUGCGUGACGAGGUCGACAAGGAGCUGAUGCGACGGGUUGAAGUGGCCGACGGUCGAGGCGCGGUCCAGAGGUAUAUCAAGUUCUGGGAGGUGCAGAUGGAGAAGAAGAGGAGGGGGCUCAAGACCACGGACCGGCUUAGAGGGCACAGACUGGGCGGCGAGGAGGUGAUUAAGUGCUUUGAUGACCUGGCUGAUUGA